UCGUAUGUCAUACAACACGUUUGGUGAAGGAGAUUCGGAGCAUCUGGACCGUUUAAUCCAAAUCCGAUGAUAUAUAACGGCUGAUGGUACAUCGUCUCAACGGUUUCUUAGCUAAUUACCCUUCCAUGCCACCGAUAAGUCACAAAUACCGGUUGAGAACACACCGCACAACACAAGGGGAAGAAUUCCCCAACCUCCUCACGUUGACCUCCUCCCAUGGAACCCUAAGCACAGGGUGCAGCCGCCACCCCUCCUGUCUCUCACCGCGCCACAGCAGCCCUGCCGCCGCCACUCCGCCCAGCACGCCACCGCCUCCUGCCACCUCCUCUGGGGUCUUCCCCAUCACAUCUCCUCCCCAGACCCGGUGCUUCCUUCUCAUUCCCGUCCUCGGCAUCGAGAUCCAAGGAGAUCACCACCAGUCCUACAUCUCUCUCUGGAUGCCGGAUGAAAUCGAGAUGGAAUGGAGUCCGCCUGGCCUUCUCCCUCCACGUCGCCUCUUUUUCUGGCAGCUGGAGGUCGCGAAGUGCCUCCUGAGUGAGGACAUGUCCGUGAUCGGCAAGGGCCCCUACACCGUGCUCAACAUUCUCAACCGCCAUCGCCAAUCUCCCCGGUACGGAGGUGAAUUUUGCGUUUUAAAAUAGAUCGUGGCUUCUAAUGAUUGUCUACAAGAGACUGCUGAUAAUUACUGGCAUAGUACAUAUGUUUAUGUCUUUCAUGCACAAGAAUAUAAGGCAUGCACAUGGCCUGCCUGGCGCUCCAGCACCAGUAUGUGGGCAACCAUUAUGAGGUGUGUGUCUUCAUCCGAGGCCCUCUUGGCCAUGUUCAGCGGCAACCAGGGCUCCAGCGCGCCCUGUCCAAGCAGCUAUGCCGCCUCCACCUCGUGACCAAGAAGUGCGCAGUGUUGUUGAAGAUCAUCUUGUAACCUUCCUUGCUUUCAUUGUGUAAAUCAUAUCUUAGCUACAAAUUACACCAUGAUUAUGAACUAGCCUACUACAGUAGAUAAAGUGUUGCUCCUGCAGAUGGAAGUUGAUUAAUUUUUUAUCAGAUAAUUUAUAUCUAUCAAAGUUUCUUCAGUAUUAGCAGCGGUAAAAAAUAUAUCCAUAAUGGUCUCCAGUAACUCAAUUCAUUUCUUAGUGCAAGUAAUGCAGUGCGGUUUUUUUAACCAAGCCUUCGUGGAAAUAUUGUCAGUGUGAGUUUGAUAAACUGCCUCUACAAGCUAGAGUUGAUAUUAGAGUUGUUCAGUGAUAUAUCGAGAUCAUUGAUGUCCGCAAAUUGUCAUGGGGUUUGAUAAAAUGCCUCUACAAGAUAGAGUUGACAUUAGAAUUGUUCAGUAAUAUAUCCUCCAUGACACUGAAUCAAGAUCACUUUAGAUCAUUAUAAUUUCACGGUUCUGCAAUGAAGGUGUGUAUAUCUUUCUAAACGUUGCUGCAUUUUGAAAAUCAUUAUAUAUAUUGUACGAUCUUCGGUCAGUGAAGAAUACUAUUUUCAUGUAUUUAUGUAGUUUAAUUUAUCAUGCAAGAGGGUGUACAUAUCAUUUAAUCUAUAGUUUUGACAUCAUAUAAUUUCAUCCUAAUUAAGCUUGUCUGGUUAUUAACCGGAUCAUCCUGUACAAAUCUUUGACUAACGUAGUUUAUCAAUUCCGUUAAGAUUUGUAACUCGACUUCUCCCAUUAAC